UUGGAGGAAGUAAUACAACAACAAAGAAAGAUGGCCGAAGUGAUAGAGCUGCAGAAGCUGAAGCUUGCUGAACUGAGGCAGGAGUGUGAGGCCCGAGGUCUGGACACCAAGGGGAACAAAGGGGAGCUCAUCGCUCGGCUGCAAGCCUAUCUGGAGGAGCACGAGGAAGAUGUGGACGUUGAUGAUGUGCUGGCAGAGGAUACAGAGGAUUUCACUAAAGUUGAGAGUGCCAACAACAUAAAAGUUGACAAGGAUUCUGAAUCUGCUGAGAGCGAGACACCCACUGAAAAGAAGGUGGUGAAAAUAGCUCCUCCAUCAUCUGCCAGUGAAAGACUACAGAAGAGAGCUGAACGCUUCAACAUGCCAGCAACAGCUGAAAGCAAGAAGGCCAUACGUGCCGCAAGGUUUGGCUUAUCCACGGAUACUUCCAGUCCCUCUCCAGGUCUCGUUGCAAACAGUAAAGCUGCUGUGAACGUCGAUCAGCUGAAGAAGAGAGCGGAAAGAUUUGGCAUGAACGUCUCAUCCAUUUCACAAAAGAUGGAAGAGGAUGAAAAGCUGAAAAAAAGGAAGGAGAGGUUUGGGAUCAUGACGAGUGCAGGUUCAGGUGCAGCAGAUGAUACUGAGGCAAAGAAAAUGAAGCGCGCUGAAAGAUUUGGGAAAGUGUAAAUAAUAUUUUAGAGUUCGCUUUUUUUGUAAAACAUUUUCAUGACUGUACAACAGAGAUUCCCGAAGAUAACAGAUGUCACUAAUAAUAGGAUUCCUGUAGAUCAAAAGUACAGUUAAAUAAAUAAAAAGACAAAUGGGUGAGUUAGAUCAUUGAUAUGUUUUUGAAAACAGAAAAAGUUCUCAGUCAUUAUUGAGCACAAAGUUGGUGGAUACUAUAAAUUUGAAAAAAAAAAAUUGAUUUGUCUGCUUUUCAUAUUAAUUUCUCAGUCCCUGGUGGCUCAUCAUUCCUGAUCUUACUGCUCAUCAAACAAAUCAAACUCUCACUAUUUUCUGCAUAAAAUGACUUGAAAUCAAACUUGAACAUCAAACAGACGAGGUGAGCAAGUUGAGAUGAGGAAUACUUUUAUUGUGAAACGGCUACAGGAAGUGUAGCGUUAGGUGACAAGUGUAGCCACCAAGGGCAGUUUUCUUUGCUUCUUUUUUUUUUUUUUAAAUUAGGACGUUUAUUAGACUUCAACACUUCAUAGAAGGAGCAGUUAUCUCUUACGUUACACACAUGCUGAUACCAUAUUUUAGGACUGAGAAAUCCAAAACAGUGAAAUUAAAAUUGAAAAAUGAUAACUGAACAAACUGAAAGUAAAGUUGUAUUUAUUGGAGGUAAUAUUCUAAUGUUCCAUUUAAAUGAUAGGACUCACUUGUUUGUAUGUACUGUGCGUAUUUAAUUGUACUUUUGCUCUAUCAGAUAGCCUGUUAUUUUCUUGUUUUCUUGUUGGGAUUCCAUUAGUACACUGCUUCAGUUAUCUGUCCAUUUUCUAACAUUUUGUGAUUUAAAAUAAAUUGUUUUCGAUU